AUGGGUAUUCAGGGAUUAUGGCAUGUACUGGAACCGGUAGCUGAACCGGUGACUUUGGAGUCCCUCGAAGGGAAACGCCUUGCAAUUGAUAUUUCAAUCUGGCUUCAUCAAGCAGCCUAUGGUUACUCGGAACAUCAGCUGAAUGCGAAGUGUCCGCAUUUGUCACUAGUGCUACGACGUCUCGCGAAACUUCUAUUUUACAAAAUACGACCUCUGUUUGUUUUCGAUGGACCAAAUGUGCCUAUAUUCAAAAGGAAAUUACUGCGUGAUCGACAAGUGAAACGCUAUGUGGAAGAACUAACAAUGACCAAGGCGCAGAAACAUGUCCUACAACAGCUAGCCUCUUCACAGCUACACGGUGGAGAACAGCGGUUAGAUGAACUAAGUGAGGUAUUUGCUACACAAACAAAAAAACGCCGAGAUGAUGAUUUAUUCGAUAUGUCGGUUCCGUCAACGUUAAAGGACGAAAUAAAACACAAAAAUAUGUCGAAUGAGGAAACUCCGAUGACAUAUUCCUCUUUUGAAUCAUCACGGUCGCCUGAAUUCGAUCAAGCUGAAUUUGAGAGUCUAACCACUCGCGAUGAACGAGUUGAAUAUUUGUUGGCUGUACGGGACAAAGUUAGAGGUCUUAAAUUAAAAGAGGUUCCAGAUGACUUAGAAGCUUUUAGUAAUUUGCAAAUUGGCAGGCUGAUGAAAAGAAAUGAGAUAAAUGAACAGCUUCAGUUGUUGAAAAAUGAAGCUUUGAAGCAAAGAGUGUUUUCGGCGGAUGUGAAGCACGGUUGUUCGAGUAAUAACAUCAAGUUGGCAGCAAUGGAAGGCUUGAACAGAGUGCAUAUAAUAACAGAUGACAACGAAGUGCAAAUAAUUGACGACGAAAAAGAGGCGAAGAAGAAAAAUUUAAUGGACUCACUAGCUUGGCCAGCAUUCUUGGAAAAAAUUAAAGAAGAAGAAGAUAAUGGGAAGGCGAAAAAAGUUUUUCCUUCUUGCGUGGCAGGUAGUUCCAAUGAGCUCAAGGUUGGAACUUAUUUUGAUGGUAAUGAUGAUGAUAACGACGACGCUUUACAGGAGGCCAUACAUGCUUCAUUUCUCGAAAAUUCAGCCCAGGAAUACACUAAGUUCCAAAUAGAUAUGCAUGGCUAUAAUCACGAAUCGAAAGGAGACAUGAUCGAACGAUUGCGCUCAGCAUUCACUGAAAGGGCUAAGGAUUUGCAUCACGACACAUGGUCAUCAUCUUCAAGCGAGAACAGUGACGAAUUUGCUGAAGUAUUUCCUGAAUUAUCAAAACAUUUCUUCAAAAAAAUCGACCCUUCAUCGAGAACGAAAACUACCGAAGUUUCAGCUGAAUCUGAGCUAAAUGAAUGUUUCGUUAACGAUCAGGAGCACAUCGGUGAUGAGAGCAGAAGUAUUGAUGACUCACAGUCGGGGCUUCAAGGUUCAUCGAUGUUCAUUAAUUCAGUCGACGAUAUAGAUACUCUUGCUUCAGCAAAAGAGGAAGGUGUUUAUAAGGAUUGUCAAGAUUUGUUACGUAUUUGCGGGAUACCGUUUGUUAUUGCUCCUGGUGAAGCUGAAGCUCAAUGUUGUGAACUUGAAAGAUUGGGUCUCGUUCAGGGAAUAAUUAGUGAUGAUUCCGAUGUUUGGCUAUUUGGUGCCGCUGUUGUUUACAAAAAUAUGUUCAAUCAAAAGCGAAGAUUGCAAAUGUACACUAUGGAAACUAUUCAUGAUCAGUUAGGUUUAUCUCGUUGGGAAGCAGUGCAAAUAGCUUUACUUUCUGGUGGCGACUAUACCAACGGUUUAGAAGGUGUUGGAGUCGUUGCAGCAUUAGAACUGAUUUCAGAGUUUUCCACUACUUCUCAACAAAUAGAUGUCGAACCUUCUCAACAGGCUCUUGAAAAUUUGUGCCGUAUAUCGGAGUGGUUAAAUCAUCGUGGUACUUGGGAUAAUUUGCCUACAAACAGUGGUUGUAUCAGUAUUCAGGAUUUAAGAAAAAGGAAAUUCGUAGAAAAUACCCGACGAUUAAAGUUGAGACGGUUAAUUGAGAAAAAUAACAUUUCUGAGACUCUGGAUGCGUUUCCUCCUCGUGAAGUAUUCAACGCAUAUGCGAAACCUUUGGUGGACAGUUCGACGGAGAAGCCGAAAUGGCAGAAUAUUAAUAUGGAAGAAUUAGAGUUGUUUGUUUGGGAGAAGCUGGGAUGGGAUAGAAAGGAUCUGAAAAAGCAAACAAAUCAUUCAUUGUUAAAAUGGAAUGAGUAUUUGAAUCCAACAGCUGGUGGAAGUGGACAGUCGUACCAGACGCAUAUCACAUCAUUUGCUUAUCGUUUGCAGAAAUCCGAGAAAGAUCAGCGUUUAUUUUUAACAGCACGAGUUCAGGCUGCUCUGCAACGUUUAAUUACCAUUAAAAAUUCUCAAAAUCAGCUUUCAUCAGAAAGUGCUGAGAAUAACUGUGCUGCAGAAAUGAAGAUAAUGAGGACAAAUGAAAAACUGAAAAGGAAACGGCCGAAUAAAUGUAUUUUGAAAAAAUCGACAAAAAACGAGAAAGAAUCGACUAGUGCACCGAUGAAUAAACGAAAGAAGUUAACUAGAACAAAAAAUGCUGAAAACAACUUUGCUGCCAGAGAAUUACAAUUGUCUGAAGAAAGCUCUGAUGAUAAUAUCUGUUAA